ACCGGAGCACUGCGGAUUACCUUGUUAACGCUUGGCGUAUCGCCUGAGUUCCAAAGACAAGGAAUCGCACGCAGGCUUGUACACGAAGUCGUGCAGCGCCUACGAUCGUCCUGCGAAGCCCCCUUUUACUAUGAAUCACCUCCCGCUCCAUCGUCCCGCUCAGAAAGUGAUUCGACUGAUACGGUGAUUCUAUGCGCAGAGGUGGCACAUAACAACUCAUCUGGGCAGUCUUUUUACUCCCGCCUCGGGAUGCAUAGACAACUAGAAGUCGAUAAGCAGAGCGGGUUUGGUUCCAAGGCACACACAUGCGUGGUACUGGGGGUGAUGAGAACGGUUCCUGUUUCCUGA